CGCAUGCGCCCCGCCCCCCGCCGGAGCGCCUGUAGAAGGUCACGUUGCGCUGCAGCAGAGACGGAGACGACGCCGCAUCCUGCAAACACUCACAGCUCACCUGCUCUCUGCACAGAAACAUCCUCCAGCAGCCGCCAUGACUCACCAGUAUCCUGCCCUGACUCCCGAGCAGAAGAAGGAGCUGCAGGACAUCGCUCAGAGGAUAGUCGCCCCGGGGAAGGGCAUCCUCGCCGCCGAUGAGUCCACCGGCAGCAUGGCCAAGCGCCUGAACCCCAUCGGGGUGGAGAACACGGAGGAGAACCGGCGCCGCUACCGCCAGCUGCUCUUCACCGCCGACCAGCGCAUCGACAACUGCAUCGGCGGCGUCAUCUUCUUCCACGAAACGCUCUACCAGAACUCAGACGACGGCACCUGCUUCGCCAAGCUCAUCAAGGACCGCGGCAUGGUGGUCGGCAUCAAGGUGGACAAAGGUGUGGUCCCCCUGGCAGGAACCAACGGAGAGACCACCACCCAGGGUCUGGACGGCCUCUCCGAGCGCUGUGCGCAGUACAAGAAGGACGGCGCCGACUUCGCCAAGUGGCGCUGCGUGCUGAAGAUCUCGGAGACCACGCCCUCGGAGCUGGCCAUCUUUGAGAACGCCAACGUCCUGGCGCGGUACGCCAGCAUCUGCCAGCAGAACGGCAUCGUCCCCAUCGUGGAGCCUGAGAUCCUCCCUGACGGAGACCACGACCUGAAGCGCUGCCAGUACGUCUCCGAGAAGGUCCUGGCUGCCGUGUACAAGGCCCUGUCCGACCACCACGUGUACCUGGAGGGGACGCUGCUGAAGCCCAACAUGGUCACGCCCGGACACUCCUGUCCCACCAAGUUCGGCAACGAGGAGAUCGCCAUGGCAACCGUCACCGCCCUGCGUCGCACCGUUCCCCCAGCCGUCCCAGGAGUGACAUUCUUGUCUGGAGGCCAGUCUGAGGAGGAGGCCAGCAUCAACCUUAAUGCCAUUAACAACUGCCCCCUGGCCCGGCCCUGGGCCCUGACCUUCUCCUACGGCCGCGCCCUGCAGGCCUCGGCCCUCGGGGCCUGGAAGGGAGAGCUGAGCAACGAGAAGGCCGCCACCGAGGAGUUCAUCAAGCGUGCCGAGGCUAACAGCCUGGCUGCCCUCGGCAAGUACGAGUCGUCCGGAAACGCCGGCGCCGCCUCCAAGUCCCUGUACGUGGCGAACCACGCCUACUAAACAUCCACCACCUUCAGCCGUGGCGUAGUCCUAGUCUUAUCUGCUCUGCUCUCCCGUCACUCCCCCAGUCACAGGCCUGCGCCCUCUGCUCUUCUCUGAUUGGAAUUUCAUGACUAGAUAAAGUGUAUUUAAAACCGAUGUGAAAUUACAAUACUAAAGGGAACAGGCUUGUGUUUUUGUGUUUUUUCUUUUUCUUUUCAUUUUAACAAACGAAUCAAAAUGGUUUUAAGACAAUUUGCGACUGAAGUGUUCGACGGCAAGUCUGUCGUUGAGGUUGAAGUCGGAGGUUUCCAGAAUGUGAUCCAGAUAAUCAGCCAGUAUUUAUUUAACCCCUGUUUCCCCCCCCAGAUGUGCAUGUGUGUGCGCUUCUGUCAACACGUGGGCUCAUCGUUUUAAUGCUGUACUAACAUCCACACUGACAGCGGGACCAAACAGGUUUUAGUGGCACCAGAACCUUCGUUAAACGGGCAAAAACACCAGAUGAUUAAAGUGUUUAGCUGCAUUGAUCUUUUUAAACGGUUAGUUUCUCCAGCAGAGGCCCGUAGACACGCGGUACUGUGAUACAAAUCACUCUCGUCUUUAGUCUUUCUGUUCACGUGCUCCUCGCCGCCGUUCCAUUAAAACAUUGUGUCUUUUCGGUAUAACAUUAACUUUAAAUUACUCAAAAGUAAUUGAUGUGUUGAGUUGUGUGACGGUGUCGAUAUUAUGAUGCUUGUGUGUCACCCCCACCCCCCCCCGCCUCACCUGCUUCCCCCUGCCCGCCCCACGACUAGAUGACGAGGGUUUUUUAUUGGCGUAAAGUUAAAACGGACCAAGGCGUGGGGCCGGCAGCGAGGAAACGCUCACCGCCGUGUUGGAGUACUGUGAUGUUUGUGAUGUUGAUAUUGUUCUUGAAACACUCUGUGAAAUAGUGGAGAAAAUAAAAAUACACGUUACAAAUAAUCUAA